CUGGUGUGCCCACCCUACAAGGCUGUCAUGUACGACCAAUACGGCGAGCCGGACAAGGUUCUGAGGUUGGCGGAUGUUGGGCCAGUGGAGCUUGGGGCGAGGGACGUGUGCGUCAAGAUGCUGGCCGCCCCCAUCAACCCCUCCGACAUCAACAGCAUCGAGGGCGUCUACCCCAACAAGCCUACCGUUCCCGGCGCCGUCGGCGGAAUCGAGGGCGUCGGACAGGUCCUAGCCGUCGGUCCGGCCGUCACCGCCUCCCUCUCCCCCGGCGACUGGGUCAUCGCUUUCCCGCACACCGCCAUGGGAACCUGGCAAACCUACGCUGUGAAACCGCAAGAGCUGUGGCACAAGGUCCGCAACGAUGUGCCCAUGGAAUACGCCGCCACCGUCACAGUCAACCCCUUGUCAGCACUGGUGCUGCUGCAAUGCUUCACCAAACUGAAUCCUGGUGAUACCAUUGUCCAGAACGGUGCCACCAGCAUUGUUGGUCAGUGCGUUAUUCAGCUCGCUAAAGCGCAAGGACUUCGCACCAUCAACAUCAUCAGGGACAGGCCUGGGUCCGAACAAGCCAAACAAAGACUUACACAGCUUGGUGCACAUCUGGUGUUCACCGAAAGCCAGCUACGUGUAAAGAAUGUCAAGAAUUUACUGGGUACAUUACCAGAACCAGCGUUGGGGUUUGACUGCGUUGGAGGAAACGCCGCAUCUUUGACAAUGAGGGUCUUAAGGAAAGGAGGCACCAUGGUGACGUACGGUGGGAUGUCCAAGGAACAUGUGAAUGUUUCCACUUCAUCUUUCAUUUUUAAGGAUCUAUCCUUCAAAGGGUUCUGGCUAUGGAAUUGGGUGAAUUCAGACAAGGUUGUAGAUUGCAAGAAAAUGAUAGACUACCUCUUGGACCUGGUGAAGGAAGGCAAGCUAACAUAUCAGACGGAGUUGACUCCCUUCCGUGAUUUCGGAUUGGCACUCGAUAAGGCACAAGGUAAACUGGGAGCCCAACCAAAGCAGGUUGUCAGUUUUUGGGACAAGGCUAAGUUGUAA